AUGUUGCUCAAAGGCCCAGAUUCAACACAAGAACAGGUACGUGUUCCAAAUGUUAUCGCAUUAACUGGUUUACCAGCUCGUGGUAAAACAUACAUUUCACAUAAAUUAUGUCGAUAUUUGAAUUGGAUUGGAAUUAAAACAAAAGCAUUUAAUGUUGGUGAUUAUCGUCGUAAAGUAUGCAGUACAGAGGAUUGUGAAUCGCAAUUUUUUAGUCCAUAUAAUAAAGUAGGCAGUAAAAUGAGAGAUGAAUGUGCAAAAUUGGCAAUGAAUGAUUUGGAACGUUAUUUGAUGAAUAAAGAGGGCGAAGUUGCUGUUUUUGAUGCAACUAAUUCAACACGUGAGCGUCGUAGUUGGCUGAAUAAUUUUUGCCAUCGUGAAGAUCGUGAUCCACCAUUUCGGCUAUUUUUUGUUGAAAGUAUAUGUGAUGAUCCGGAUAUUAUCAAUGCUAAUAUCACUGAAGUGAAAGUUAAUUCACCCGAUUACAAAGGUCAUAUGACGGAGGAAGAAGCGAAGGAGGAUUUUUUGAAACGAAUUGAAAAUUAUAAAUUACAGUAUGAACCGAUUGAUGAUGAAUUAGAUGAUGCUUUAUCAUUUAUCAAAGUAAUCAAUGCUGGUCGAUCAUUUUUUGUGCAUAAUGUUAAUGGACAUGUGCAAAGUCGUGUUGUAUAUUUUCUAAUGAAUAUACAUUUAUUACCUCGUUCGAUCUAUCUUACAAGGCAUGGUGAAAGUGAAUAUAAUCGAAUGGGUAGACUUGGUGGUGAUAGUCCAUUAAGCGCUAAUGGUACUGAAUAUGCUAAAAAAUUACGAGAAUAUUUCAAGGCUGAGAAAAUACCGGGUGAUCUGAGAAUUUGGAGUGCGCAAAAAAUUCGUGCUGCACAAACAGCACAACAUUUAAGUGAUUUAGCAGUUCAUAUUGAAUUUCUUAAAGUGCUCGAUGAAAUUGAUGCUGGUAUUUGUGAAGGUUUAACAUAUGCUGAUUUCGAGGAACGUUAUCCAAAACAAUUUGCUGAUCGUGAUAAAGAUAAAUAUCACUAUCGUUAUCCAUCAGGUGAAAGUUAUGAAGAUUUAGUUGGUAGAUUGGAACCAGUAAUUAUGGAAUUAGAACGACAAAGUAACGUACUUGUUGUAUCACAUCAG